AAGGCAACAGCAUAAAGUGAUCCAGUCAGAGAGCAAUCGCAACAAUGGAAAAAGUUGAAAUUUUUCUUAUUCUUGCAACAAUAUUUACAGGAGGAGCUAUAAGUUACAACUAUAAUGGCGACUGGAACAGAAUACCUUACUUUUUUCGAAAUUUCGCACCAGCAGAAACUCCAAACAUCCCGUUGUAUAUGAGGAAUCGAGCGUAUUCACCUGGCAGAAGUUCAGAUGCCGAAAAAGCGCCCACUGAUAGAUAUAGUACCGAUAUAGAUUAUCUACUUCAUACAGCUGUAACUGAAUCGUACGAAGAGUUGGUGCAAAGACGUCUUGAAUCGAUUCAUACAUUCCCACCUGAUGCAACAAAUCACAGAUAUAAAGAUUUAUUGGACUCUUUGAGGGCGACGGGUUGAUGAAUAAUUUUACAAAAAUUUGUUGGUGUAUAAAUCUACGAUAGAAUAUUUUUUAAAAAUUAUUAUUAUUAUUGAUCUUAUUCGUAAAGAUGUAGAUUUUCACACUGAAAUUUGUUAUUAUUUUUAGAGAUGCUUCAGAAAUAAAUAAUGUUUUUAACAUUGUUAAUAACUUACCAUUCCUUAAGCUUGUGUCAUUUCUAAACUGAUUUAUGUAAGAACUUAUGGGUUUCAACAAGUUUCAAUUUGUAAAAGUGGAAAUUAUUUGGGUUUA